AUUAACAAGUAGUCCAAGACAAGGUAGUAUGAUCUUUCUCGGUCCGAUCCACGAAACUCCCUCGAACCCUCUCUUUAGUUUUAAAGCUACUCUCACCUGCAGUACUAUAUAUCACCAUAUUCCUCGUCACUCAUCUUCCCACUUCAACUCAUUUACGAAUACACAUCAAGAGAGUUGCUUAUAUCAAGCAAGAGUAAAGAUAUGGCAACUAAACAAGAAUCAUUAGCCAUCGAAUUCAUAAGCCAACACCUUCUCACAGACUUUGCUCCCAUAGAAACCAAAGUUACCAACUUUACGUUUCACGAAUCUGAACCAUCCCUUUUUACCAAUCACGCCCCUAAACCGAACUCGACUCUUAACCGGCGUAAACCGCCUUUACCGAACCUAUCCGUCCCGAGAACGGUCUCAACAAAGACGGAGAUAACAGAGGAGGAAGAGAGGAGGCACUACAGGGGAGUGAGGCGAAGGCCGUGGGGAAAAUACGCUGCGGAGAUCAGAGAUCCGAACAAAAAGGGUUCUAGGAUUUGGCUUGGGACUUACGACACAGCCGUGGAAGCUGCAAGAGCUUAUGACCAAGCAGCGUUUAAGUUGCGUGGAAGAAAAGCAAUCUUGAAUUUUCCUCUCGAUGUUAGGGCUACGUCCGAAACUUGUUUCGAGGAAGGAGUCGUCGGUUUAGGGAAACGAAAGCGGUUUAACAGUUCUCCUCCACCGGAAGAGGAAAAGGCGGCUAGGGUUAAAGUGGAGGAGGAAGAAGAGAGUAAUACGUCGGAGACGACGAUGGAGGAUGAGGUUGAGACGGUACCUUUGACGCCGUCAAGUUGGAUGGGGUUUUGGGAUGUGGGAGCAGGAGAUGGUAUCUUCAGUAUUCCUCCGUUAUCUCCGACGUCUCCCAAUUUCUCCGUUAUCUCCGUCACUUGAACUUGGGAAACGUCAACGGACGAUGACGUCUUCACUUGCGUCACUCUCGUUAUUUCAUUUAUUGUUUGUAUAUAAUACUAUAAUAUAAGGGUAGCGGUAGUGUGCAACUAUCAAAUUAGUACUUCCCUUAUUAUUAUUACCAAUCAUUUUAUUCAUUAAUAUUUUUAUUUUUUUUUAGAAGAAUA